AUGGCUUCCUACGUCGCCAACGAAAAGUCUCACGCGUGUGUCCUUAUUUUUCCAAAGGACAAACUGUUCAUCGGCGGUGGUAGCCCAUCCAUCGGUCAUGAGGGCGAGAUCAAGACCGAGUACAUUUGGGCGGCUCCGGCUCAGGUUGAAGCAUAUGCUGGCGUUUCACUCACCUUCCCCAUCCUGCAAUCUGACGGUGUCGUUGCCACUCGCAGUCGUUCUGCUGGCCAAAUUCGCAAUGUCGUUACCAUUAAGCUCAAAUUCUUCGCCGACCAACUUGAUCUUCAGACCAAAGGAUGCGGCGAGCUCCCCUCAGAGUACCGGCAAUACGUUCCUGAUAUACAUCAGAAAGAUACAGCUUGGACAGCCAUCAAAAUCACCGGCCGACCCGUGAUCGACGGUUACCUUUUGCCUUUCGCCGCUGAUGAGCAAUACGCCGGCAUUCUGCACCGUGGCCAGCCCAUCAAAGGCAGCAUCAGUCUGAAUUCACUCUGCUGCGGCACAACGGAGUUCAUCUGCCUGGUGAAGGUUCGGAACUGGUCCGAGAAGGUGUCCUCGAUCCUGGGGAUUGUGAAAAAGCACAAGUUCUCGUACGACCCUUUCAGCAACAGGCCUGAAUGGAAUGUGGCACGUUUCAAGAAAGAGUGGGAUGAAGCCGCUGGCCAGGGCCUUCUCUCGAAUCAGCACCUCGAAAUGUUCACGCACAUACGAUUCCGUCAUGUUUCGACCAGCUUGGUUCAUUCUGUUGCUGGAGACAUCGUUCACCUCAUCCGACAGGUCGAAGUCAUGCGCGACGUUCCCAUCAAGGUCCGCUACCUCCGGCUCAACCGAGAUGAAGACCAGCCUGGCCAGCUCUUGUACGCCGUCAUGCUUCUAUCAGAUGAAUUCCGUGCCAAGUACGCACAAGCUCUGCGUCGCACAGCCCAGCUGGGUGACUCGGUCGGCAUCGCGUUCCAGCCCAAACCAAAGCCCAUAAAGCCGAAGGACCCCGUGCCGGAUGAUUUCAACUACUGGCCAGGAACUGUCGUCAAUCCGUCUGUCUCGAAGCUUGACCACACAGGCAACUUCGUCCUGCUUGAGACCGCCUUCCUCAAGAUCGAUCUGAAUCUUUCGACAUACAAACGCCUCGUCGAUGCUGUUCAUCGUCUCUCAUCUUGGGACAGGCUGAAGAACGAAUUAGAGUCUGACAUAGCCUAUGACCCAGCGGAUGUCUUGAACAUUCCGCUUCCUGACCCCGAUCGCGUUCAGUCAGAGCAGCCCGAAAAUGCCGAGGAUGCUAUCACUUCUGAGCAGUCUCUCACGCAGACUUUGGUCAUAGAGCGGCUUGAAUUCGAGCAAGAGCUGCAACAGCAAUACAUUCAGGGAAACGGCCUCCGCGGUUUGGUGUUUGGCCCGCGUCGUCACACGCCUGCUCAGCCUCUAUCUUCAGCCUCCAGCCCUCGUACCGGAGCUCCUCUUUUUACAGAUCAGCUGUUCGCCUCCACAGUGCAGAACUUUUACAAAGAUUGUGUCUCCAACCCGAUCAAGCCGUUGGCACCAAGAGAGCACGGCACCAUUCCAGCGAUCGACUUCCUUUCGACGAGAGAUGAGCGGUUCUGCGAGCUUAUCCUAUCUCGCUUGCGUCCGGUCGCACGUCAGCGACUCGAGAAAUAUCUCAAAGCUGUGCCCCUUGGCAUCCUGAUGGUCACUGGAUUUCCCGGAGCCGGCAAGACUGAUGCCAUUUCUACACUUGUCAACAUCCUGCUUGAUCAUGACGAUUUCGAUAAGGUGUUUGUGUAUGCCAGCUCCAACGGUGCAACCUCCAACGUGUGCAGCCGCAUCGACAAGCUCAACCGACAAUUCGUCGAUGAGUACAACAAGAGCCUCCCCAGCCACCGCCACCGCCAAUAA